AAUUAAUUGAAAUAAAAUUCUUGAUAUUUUCAUUGCAUUAACGCGCGUUUGCUGGCGAACAACAUAAAUCGCAACGACGAACAACAACGUUGUGGUGUGGUCCUUUACGUUUUUUAUGCAAAAAAAAAAAACAAAAAAAUCCAAUUUUUUUUUUGCGACCAACCCAUCGCCUUACAACAAUUUCGGGAAUUGCUAUCGCGUUUAUUGUUGUGUGUUGAACAUUGUUGCUGUGACUCGGCUGCUGCUGUCGGUGUCGCUGAUACUGUUAUAUGGUUGCUAUUGUUAUUGUUGUGAUUAUAAUCGUUUUGAACAACAAACAACCGCAUAAAAAAUCUAGACAGAGAUAAAAGAAAUUUAUAGAGGAAAUAAUUUUCGCAGCAAUUUUGUCUAGAAACCUAACCAUACGAGGAUAAUUUUAAUUCCAUUCUAUUCCACUGCUACUUAUUAGCUAAUUAAGAGCUUAAAUUAAGUGCAUCUGUGAAUAGUUGUAAUUACAGUAGCUGUUGUUGUUGUUGUUAUUGCAGUUGUCGUUGGUUGCCGUCAUUACCAACACCUUUAAAAGUGAAUUCCCCAAAUAAGAAGUGCUGCGGGUUAGAAAAGGAAAGAGAAAGAAAGAAGGAAACGAUAAUUAUAAACAUCAAACACUGUACGUUUGCGGCACAAAGAAAGAGAGGCUUUUUCCCAUAAAUUUUACUGCUGCGUGCGCUGUGUGCACCUCCACUGGUGUCACCACCACAUUCAAAACAAUCUCUAUAGCGUCACUAUCGCUAACAGACGUCAACAAAACGACACUUUGCAGUUCCUUUGUUUCCUUAGAAUCAAGACAUGAAUCGUAAUUCACAAAAAUGGGGCGAACUACCCACUUUGGUAUUGGGUCAAAUCUACGAAUAUUUAGAACCGCGAGAUCGCUUAAAUGCCAGUUUAGCCUGCAAACAUUGGCGCAGUGUUCUCUUUCAAAAGAGAUUUUUCACAAAUUUUAAGUUAAAAUUACAUGUUGACAAUGAUCGUCAAUGUAAAUUUUUCCGACAUACUCUACAUCAUCUAACGAGUGAACUUAUCAUCAUUUUCGACUUUUUAAAUGUUUUCCAUAUUGAAAAAAUACGACGCAUCUUAUAUAAAAUUGCACGAUGUGAUAAUUUACAAGGUUUACGUUUUCAAACGAACAGCGUUGGCCUGGUACCACCUGGUGAUAUUAGUGAAGAAAGUCUAGUCGAUAUUGAGCAAUUUUUUGUGGAACCUUUAAAAUUAUUUUUGAGUCGUAAAAAAACGCCCUGCAAAAUAUUGGAUUUAGGUGCAAUUGAAGCUUUAACCUUUUAUGGCUUGGACUUAUUAAAGGCUUUAAGCCGACCUCAAGAGUUAAAAGCAUUAACACUGGCCUCAAUCAAAUAUGAUCCUAGUCAUUAUCCCAUGUUUUCCAUGGAGAACACGUUGCUGCAAAAAUGUAGCACAUUGCAGGUGCUUUCUCUUGACUAUGAUACAUUAACUGAGGAGCUGUUGCAUGCCAUAGAAAUUUUACCUCUAAAAAAGUUUUUAAUAAGCGUUCAUGGCUUGGAUCGACAUCAUCGAGGCAUUUCGGAAAGGGCGUGGUCCGAAUUUUCAGCUAACUUCAAUAACAUUGAAUUAAUAGUUUCAUUAAUCUAUGCAUUCGAAGCUGUUGAAGUUUUGCAAGUUCGCAUACUACGACAAAAUAUGCCCAUCACCCACCUUCGAGUGCUUUUUUGUGAUUAUAUGAAUGUUGAAGCGUUAGAAUGGAUGUCUAUUAAUAAUAACAACACUUUAAAGAGUAUACAGUGGAUUGAUUCGGCUUAUAAGCAUUCCGAUAAGAAUAUAAUGGAUUUAUUUUUACGUUCUGGACAAGAUCCAUUUGUUAUGAUGUCGUGGCGUUGCAAAAAUUUGGAAGAAAUUGUUAUACAUGGUUAUGUCUUGGAUCCACAUAAUAUUGUUGGUAUUUCUCGUUUACGUGGCCGCACUUUGAAACGUCUUGAAGUGUCGAUGAUUGAUAGUACGCCUACCGAGGCCAGCAUGGAUUCGUUUAUUGAGGAAAUUAAUACAUUGUUAGGUCAAAAAUGGGAGCCCUUAAACCUAAACAAUGUGCAUCCCGCGCUGGGUUAUUUGCCUGUGCCAGAUGACGUGCGCGAUGAAUAUGUUUUCGAUCUCAUACGACGUGAUAUUUCCAAUUAAUUGAAAGCGAAACAAAGAACAAUCAAUCACAACAACUAACAAACAAUAACAUAGUUAUCAACUUUAUGGAGAAACAACCACGAAAGCAAAA